UUUUUUUUUUUUUUGCGGAGCUCGCGUGGGGGCGGGGUUGCGGCCGGGGAGGCGGGUCCUAACGGCUGCCGCGGCGGUUCGAACUCGGCGCCUCAGAGGUUCGCUGGUUCUCCUCUUCGAGAGUCCGAGGCUUCCACUUCGUGGGCUGCGAGAGUGUCCCAGGCUUCCGAGCGCAGAGGAGCCACGCGGUGCGCCGUGGUCUGGGGGCGCUAACCCUGGCUGCGACCUGGGUGGCAGAUGGAGGACCUCUUUCUUGAAAUAAAAUACUGUAUAAAGCCAUGUACUCUUUCUCAAGCGGAAAAUCCUGUCACGGGAUUUUUAUAGAGUGUAAAGUGCUUGUCCUUCACUCGAUGAGUGUGCGUGUGUCCACCUAGAACGCAUUUUUUUACACUAGACUUGAAGAUACCGUUGUCAGGGCCGCCCUAUAGGAAAUGGAAUCUAGUUCAUCAGACUACUAUACUAAAGAUGACAAUGAGGAGGAAAGUUUGCUCGCAAACGUUGCUUCACUAAGACACGAACUGAAAAUAACAGAAUGGAGUUUGCACAAUUUAGGGGAAGAAUUAUCCAGUGUUAGUCCAAGUGACUAUUCUGAUUAUGUCUGCAAUCCUUCAAGAUCUGAAAGGCUUAUUUUGGAAGAACUCACUCAACCUAGCCACCUGGGAUGUUUGAUUUACCCACCUUAUAAGAAAGUUUGUAAAACAUCUGAUAGGUCUGAUUAUCAACAAAAACCAGGAGAUAAGGUGCCUUUUUCAUCUGUUACUAUGGAUCAAGAGGUUAAAAACCUCCGAGAGAAACUUCAUAAACUUAGGCAACAAAAUGCCUAUUUGGUCACACAGAAUCAUUCUUUAAUGACUAAAAUAGAAUCUGUCCACUUUGAAUUGACACACUCAAAAACAAAAAUUGCUAUGCUUGAGUCUACACAAGAGCAGGCAGCCAACAUUCCAAUCUUAGAAGAACAGAUUAUAAAUUUGGAAGCAGAAGUUUCAGCUCAAGAUAAAGUUUUGAGAGAAGCAGAAGAUAAAUUAGAGCAGAGUCAGAAAAUGGUGAUUGAAAAGGAACACAGUUUACAAGAAGCCAAAGAAGAAUGUAUAAAAUUGAAAGUGGACUUACUUGAACAGAGUAAACAAGGAAAAAGAGCUGAACGACAAAGGAAUGAAGCACUAUAUAAUGCAGAAGAGCUGAGUAAAGCUUUCCAGCUGUACAAAGAAAAAGUGGCUGAAAAACUGGAAAAGGUUCAAGUUGAAGAAGAAAUAUUAGAGAGAAAUCUUUGUAACUGUGAAAAGGAAAAUAAAAGACUUCAAGAAAAGUGUAAUCUGUAUAAAAGUGAACUUGAAAUUUUGAAAGAGAAAUUCAGGGAGUUAAAAGAAGACCAUUACAGUGGAAAAGAAAAAUUAAGGAUUAUGGCAAUGAAAAACUCAGAAGUCAUGUCACAGUUAACUGAAUCUAGACAAUGUAUUCUGAAGCUAGAGAGUGAGUUAGAGGACAAAGACGAAAUAUUACGAGAAAAGUUUUCUUUAAUAAAUGAAAAUCGAGAAUUGAAGGUUCGUGUUGCAACACAGAAUGAACGACUAGAGUUAUGUCAGCAGGAUAUUGAUAAUUCAAGGGUGGAACUGAGGAGUUUAGAAAAACUGAUAUCCCAGAUGCCAUUAAAAAGAGAAAUAGUUGGCUUUAAGUCCUCUCUUUCUAAGCACCAGAUGAAUAGUGUUUCUAAUAAGGACAAAUGCAUUGGCUGCUGUGAGGCAAAUAAGUUGGUGAUUUCUGAAUUGAGGAUUAAGCUUGCAAUAAAAGAGGCUGAAAUUCAAAAGCUUCAUGCAAAUCUGACUGUGAACCAGUUGUCUCAUAGCAUUGUUGCUUAUGACAGUCGAGAAUGUAGCAGAGUAAACACUUUAGAAACAGAACCUGUAAAACUAGCUGAAAGCAUAAAGGAUCAAGGUCAGCAGACAGUGAACAAACAGUAUGAAAGAGAGAAGCAACGACUUGCCACUGGAAUAGAAGAACUGCGUGCUAAGCUGGUACAGAUAGAAGCUGAGAACUCUGACUUGAAGGUUAACAUGGCACACAGAACUAGUCAGUUUCAGCUAAUUCAAGAGGAGCUGCUAGAGAAAGCUUCAAAUGCUAGCAAACUAGAAAAUGAAAUGACGAAGAAAUGUUCUCAACUUUUAAUUCUAGAGAAACAGCUGGAAGAAAAAAUUAAUGAAUAUUCUUCUAUUGCUGCAAAAAAUGCAGAACUUGAACAGGAGCUCAUGGAGAAAAAUGAAAAAAUUAGAAGCCUAGAAUCCAAUAUCAACACAGAACAUGAGAAAAUUUGUUUUGCUUUUGAAAAAGCAAAGAAAAUUCAUCUUGAACAGCAUAAAGAAAUGGAAAAACAGAUUGAACAACUUGAAACUCAGCUAGAGAAAAGAGAUCAACAAUUUAAAGAACAGGAAAAGACUAUGUCCAUUUUGCAGCAAGAUAUACUGUGUAAACAACAUCACCUUGAAUCACUAGACAGACUCUUAACAGAAAGUAAAAUGGAAAUGGAAAAAGAAAAUAUGAAGAAAGAUGAAGCUUUGAAAGCAUUGCAGAUUCAUGUGUCUGAAGAAACAAUCAAGGUCAGACAACUGGAUUCAGCAUUAGAAAUCUGUAAGGAAGAACUUGCUUUGCAUUUGAAUCAAUUGGAAGGAAAUAAGGAAAAAUUUGAAAGACAGCUGAAGAAGAAAUCUGAAGAGGUAUAUUGUUUGCAGAAAGAGCUAAAGAUAAAGACUCAUAACCUUGAAGAGACGAGUGAACAAAAUGCUAUUCUGCAGCAUACGCUUCAGCAGCAGCAGCAGAUGUUACAGCAGGAGACCCUCAGAAGUGGAGAGCUAGAAGAUAUCCAGAGUAAACUGGAAAAACAGGUAUCAAAGCAAGAACAGGAGCUGCAGAAACAAAGGGAAAGUUCAACAGAAAAGUUGAGAAAAAUGGAAGAGAAAUAUGAAGCAGCCAUGCAUGAUGUAGAUUUGAAAAGGCAAAAAAUUGUCGAGCUAACUGGUACUGCCAGGCAAGCCAAACUUGAGAUUGAUCAGUACAAAGAGGAGCUGUCUAAACUGGAAAAAGAAAUAACUCAUUUGAAACGAGAUGGGGAAAAUAAAUCCAUACAUCUUUCUCAGUUAGAUAUGAUUUUAGAUCAGACAAAAACAGAACUAGAAAAGAAAACAAAUUCAGUGAAGGAGUUAGAAAGGUUACAACACCACACAGAAACUGAACUAACAGAAACCACGCAGAAACGGGAAGCUCUUGAAAAUGAACUACAGAAUGCUCAUGGAGAAUUGAAAAGUACCUUAAGACAACUACAGGAAUUGAGAGAUGUACUACAAAAGGCUCAGUUAUCACUAGAAGAAAAAUACACUACAAUAAAGGAUCUUACUGCUGAACUGAGAGAAUGUAAGAUGGAGAUUGAAGACAAAAAGCAAGAACUUCUUGAAAUGAAUCAGGCACUAAAAGAGAGAAAUUGGGAGUUAAAGCAAAGAGCAGCUCAGGUUACACAUUUGGAUAUGACCAUUCGUGAACAUAGAGGAGAAAUGGAGCAAAAAAUAAUCAAAUUAGAGGGUACCCUGGAAAAAUCAGAAUUAGAACUUAAAGAAUGCAACAAACAGGCAGAAAGUUUAAAUGAAAAGUUGCAAAAUGCCAAAGAACAGCUUCGAGAAAAGGAGUUUAUAAUGCUCCAGAAUGAACAGGAGAUAUCACAACUGAAGAAGGAAAUAGAAAGAACCCAGCAGAGGAUGAAAGAAAUGGAAAGUGUUAUGAAAGAACAGGAAGAGUACAUUGCCACCCAGUACAAGGAGGUCAUUGAUUUGGGGCAAGAAUUGAGGCUAACCCAGGAGCAGAUGCAGAGCACUCAUUCAGAACUGGUGGAGACCCGUCGCCAAGAAGUCCAAGCACAGAGAGAAAUAGAAAGGCUCACUGGUGAACUGGAGGAUGUAAAGCAACUCUCUAGAGAGAAGGAAGCUCAUGGAAAUCGUUUGGCUGAAGAACUAGGGGCUUCUCAAGUACGUGAAGCUCAUUUAGAAGCAAGAAUGCAAGCAGAAAUAAAGAAAUUAUCUUCAGAAGUAGAAUCUCUGAAAGAAGCUUAUCAUAUGGAGAUGAUUUCACAUCAAGAGAACCAUACAAAGUGGAAGAUUUCUGCCGACUCUCAAAAGACUUCUGUUCAACAACUAAAUGAACAGCUAGAAAAAGCAAAACAAGAAUUAGAAGAAGCUCAGGAUACUGUGAGCAAUUUGCAUCAACAAGUCCAAGACAGGAAUGAAGUCAUUGAAGCUGCAAAUGAAGCAUUACUUAUUAAAGAAGUUGUCUCCUGUACCUAUGAGUUCAAGACUUCCCCCACUUUCUCUUCUAUGAGGUUCAGUGUAUCCUGCUUUAUGCUGAGAUCUUUGAUCCACUUAUGCAGGGUGGAAUCAGAAUUAACCAGAUUGCAAGCCAAAAUUUCUGGACAUGAAAAGACAGGAGAAGCCAAGUUUCUAACAGCUCCAUUUACAGCUCUAACAGAAAUUGUACCUCAUGUUCAAGAUCCGAAGUCUGCCAAACACCCUCAGAUUUCACUUCUCAAAUGCAGAAAACUACGCCGCUCUAUUAGUGCCAGUGAUCUUAGUUUCAAAAGUCAUGAUAAUGACGAUCUCUCUGAAGAACUGCUGCAGGACUUAAAGAAAAUGCAAUUAGAGCAUCCUUCAGCACUAGAAAGUGAUCAUAAAGACCUACCUGUAACCCAUUCGGAAUCAUAUAAACCUCUCCCGUAUAGCCUAGAAGAUGAUGGUUCUGAAAGCAAUGACUUCAGUACUCUUAGUGGAAUGCUGAGAUACAUCAACAGAGAAGUGAGACUGCUGAAAAAGCCUCCUCUGCAGGCAGCCACUGGUUUAAGUCAGGGAGGAAAAUUAUAAUUAAAAGAAGAUGUCUAUGUCAUGAAAAAUGGAAUUGUUGGUACUGUGCUGUUUAUUAUAUGUAUGUAGUGAAUAUUUCAUAGAAGCUGUUACUUUAUUAUUUUUGAAUAAAUUUUUAUAUUUUAAUAUUUUAAAGAAAGCCUUCUAAAAUAUAAUUGUAUUUGUGCUAAAAA